AUGGCAGCAGUUCCCCCAAACGUACCAGCGGUACCUCUAAAUGUACCAGCGGUGCCUCAAAACGUACCAACGGAGCCUCCAUCCGCGCCAGCGGUACCUAAUUGCGUCCCAGUUGCCUUCCCAGCACCAGAAAACAAAGAAAAAUUCAAGUUUAAAAAACUUGAUUCCACUCUUACCAUGACCCGAGACGUAUACCAAGACUUAUACAGCCGCGGCUGCGUAGAUGUAGAUCCCAUCCCAGCAAUGGACCUCCAGAACGAGAUCCAGACUAUUUUCCGACCUGAGGCCUUCAGGAACCUUACAGCUGAGCAAUACGAAUUCAUUCGACCCGCACUAACACUGGCGUCCAGGCUCAUCACUGAGGAUGCAUAUAUGGAAUUCUGGGUCUGCACCGACACAUGUACCAACACAUCCAAAGAGCCACUGGACCCCAACCCCAAGAAGCCUGGUCUCGCAGCUCAGAACUCCUCUUCUGGUGGUCUCAGCUCCGGUGCCAGUACGGCGGAAGGGACGAGCCGUGGUGGUCCACAAACCAGGAAAAAAAUAAACCUCGGACCCGAAUUAGGCAACGACUGGGAGUGGUGGGCUCUCGGAUCCCGUGUCCCAACAGCAGCUAAGAUCUUGGAAACCCCUGAAGAUCAAGCUACAACCGCCUUCUCGCUUUCAAACUUUUGCCACACUUUCCAAACAAAAACAGGUGGAAAAAGCUACUACAAAGACUGUGUCAGCCACAUCAUCCGCGCCAACGGCCGCGAAGCUGGACGUCCCAUCCACGACAACCUAGUCAUUGUAUCUGAGCUUGGCACUGACGUGGCCGAUGAUGACACCUUUAAUACCCUCCAGUGUGAAAUCGAAGAUUACAGCCAUGCGCAGUUGGUGGUACAGGGCGGCUUUGAAGAUGACAAGAUCAAACCGGCGUUGUACGGCAAGAACAAGAUGAAGAGCAAUAAGCAAGUGGUGCAGUAUAUAGAUAAAUUGCUGCGGAAGGAGGUGGAGGCGAGGAAAACAAAGGUUGUAAAGGCGGGGAAGAAAGGGACGAAAAAGACGGCACCGAUUAGUACGGAUAAGUUGACUACAAAACAGGAGGAUGAAACAAAGAUGGAUGAGUCAUGGUAG